CGUUGCCGUGGGCAGCCGGGCUCGCUGUACCUGCCUGCAGAGCUCCAUCUAAUGAACGCAGUUUGUUUCAGCUGGGGAUACAAAGCGGCUUUAUUCUGCCAUGGUUGUGUGCCUGGUGUUGCACCCCAGCUGGGAACCACGGGCCCUGGGUUCAGAGCCAGCCUUCCUUCCCCCGGUCUCCUUAAUAAUACUCUUUCUGUUCUGACACAGGUUGUAGGUUUCUCCCUGUUUCUCCUGAUAAAUGUGUGCAGAUCCUACAACCUUCUCUGUGUAAUACCCUCACUUAUUGACUGUGCUUUGCUAACCUGACUUUGCAGGUAAUACACAAUGAAAUGCUUAUCAGGAUUUUUAUUUUUUAAUGUGAAAGUUGAGUAUUUCCUGUAAUUUUAAAUAAAAUGUUUUUUCCUCUUCCUGACUCUCUAUGGACACCUGAUCAUAGGAGUCUUCCCAUCAAAGUGCAUUUAAUUAUAGAAGCUGUAACAGGAAAAAGACCCAACCCUGUGGUGGAGACUGUAUACUUUGUAUUAAACCUGUUUGCUUGGGUAAAACUGAACAUGAAGGCAAAACUUGGAUGCAACCAACGCUUUUAAGAAGCUUGUUCUCUUCUUCCCCUGUAAUAAAAACUUUUGGGUCUAAAUUUAGCCAGGAGAAUCUAUAUUUGCCAGGAGAGCUAUUUCAUUUUCCAUGACUUAAAGGACAGUUUAUUUGAGAAGUAACUUUGUUUUAAAGAGAUCUCAGUUGCUUUGGGACUCACUUCCAUGUAGGAUAAGUUUUAUUGAAUGUAACACAAGUCUGUUAAGGGUGGGGUGAGGUAGAGAGACAAUGUUUCUCAAUAUGUAGCUUAAAAUUGUAAAGAAACAUAAUGGACUUCCCAUUGCUAGGAGGGUUUAUCUGUCUGUAAUUCGGUUUUUUCCCAGAUGUUGUGCAAUCAUCAGCUGCUCACUUGUGGCUGCUUUAUAGUUUUUGGAACCAGGUCGUUGUGAAUUAUCCGACUGUGUUGCCACAAGUGUCACUUAGAGCUGUGAUUGAACAGCAGAGAUUGGAGAUUGGCUGUCUCUGCUGACAGUCACGGGGUGCUUUGAGCUAGGAGAGAAUUCUGAAGGGAGCUGAACAUCACAUCAGACCCCACUUAAGGAAGGGUAGUCAUUAUAUCUGUUUUUAUUAAGUUUUUGUGACUUCUCUGCACAAGUCAGUGAAACUGGACCACAUUGAGUGUCUCUAAGGAUUGCUGUUAAUUCCAUUUUGUAGCGAGGACUCAGAUGUAAAUGUUAAUUCUGUUUUCCUCUUGGUCAGCCAUUCAAAGUGUAAAACUGUUGGUCUCUGUUCUCCACUUGGGAUCCUCUUUUGAAUUAACUUUAUACAUUUGAAAGAAAAUCAUGAUAUGUUUGUCUUGUGUUUUAUAACCAGUGACUUUUCUGUUUGGACACAGUGAAUUCAAUUGUUGCAAAAUUGAAUUUGCCUGCCAGCAUUUACAGAACUAUAUUUUUUUAUAACAAAAGACUGUUUUUAGUGCAGGUAUCAGCAAAAGGUGUAAAAUAUUAUUGUCACGCAAUUUCUGCUUCAGCGUAUCCUGUUUUUCUGUGAUCUGCAUUUAAAAAAUCAAAACCUAACAACACUAAAUUCUGCAUGUCUGACUUUUCUUUCCUGUGUGGCAUUACUUAAAGGUAAACACUGCUCUCUUAAUGUAGGUUGUGAGUGCUGCAUGUGUGCUUUUCAGAGCAGUAGUGUGAGGAAGCUGGCAGUGGAAUGGCAGGACGGCCUCAUCCUUAUGACAGUAACUCCAGUGAUCCAGAGAAUUGGGAUCGGAAAUUGCAUAAUAGACCUCGUAAACUUUGUAAACACUCAAGCACCUCAUCCCGUGUAGCCAAAGGACUGGACUGCAGCAAGAUGAGCCUGCACGGGGCCAGCGGGGGACACGAGAGGUCCAGGGACAGGCGCAGGUCCAGCGACAGAUCCCGGGACUCGUCCCACGAGAGAGCAGAGUCUCAGCUCACCCCCUGCAUCAGGAAUGUCACCUCACCAACAAGGCAGUACCAUUCUGAUCGCGAGAAGGAUCACAGCUCAUCCCGGCCCAGCAGCCCCCGGCCCCAGAAGACGUCCCCCAAUGGUUCUGUUGUCAGCAUGGGCACCAGCAGCAGGAACAGCAGCCAGUCCAGCUCGGAUGGCAGCUGCAAGGCUGCUGGGGAAAUGGUGUUUGUGUAUGAGAAUGGCAAAGAGGGAGCCCGGAACGUCAGAACUUCCGAGCGAGUGACGCUCAUCGUGGACAACACCAGAUUUGUUGUAGAUCCUUCCAUCUUCACUGCACAACCUAACACGAUGUUGGGCAGGAUGUUUGGAUCAGGCAGAGAACACAACUUUACACGGCCCAAUGAAAAAGGAGAGUAUGAAGUUGCUGAAGGAAUUGGUUCUACUGUGUUUCGUGCUAUUCUGGAUUACUACAAGACUGGGGUGAUACGCUGUCCUGAUGGGAUUUCUAUUCCUGAGCUGAGGGAAGCAUGUGACUAUCUCUGUAUCUCCUUUGAGUAUAGUACUAUCAAAUGCAGAGAUCUGAGUGCUCUCAUGCAUGAGCUAUCAAACGAUGGUGCUCGCAAGCAAUUUGAGUUUUACCUGGAAGAAAUGAUCCUGCCAUUGAUGGUAGCCAGUGCCCAGAGUGGGGAGAGGGAGUGCCACAUUGUUGUGCUGACAGAUGAUGAUGUCGUUGACUGGGAUGAAGAGUAUCCCCCCCAAAUGGGAGAGGAGUAUUCACAAAUUAUUUACAGCACAAAGUUGUACAGAUUCUUCAAGUACAUUGAAAACAGAGACGUGGCCAAAUCGGUUCUGAAGGAAAGGGGGCUCAAGAAGAUCCGACUGGGCAUCGAAGGUUACCCCACGUACAAGGAGAAGGUGAAGAAGCGGCCGGGCGGGCGGCCGGAGGUGAUCUACAACUACGUGCAGAGGCCGUUCAUCCGCAUGUCCUGGGAGAAGGAGGAGGGCAAGAGCCGGCACGUCGACUUCCAGUGCGUGAAGAGCAAAUCCAUCACCAACCUGGCGGCGGCAGCAGCGGACAUCCCGCAGGACCAGCUGGUGGUGAUGCACCCCACGCCGCAGGUGGACGAGCUGGACAUCCUGCCCAUGCACCCGGCGCCCGGCAGCAGCGAGCCCGAGCCCGAGGGCCCGAACCCGCCGCUGUGAGCGCCGCCCCGCACGCAUGCUGCACGGCGACCGCACCCGGCCCCUCCCGCACCGCAACGCCAGCUUCCCAUCGUGUCCCGUGUGCAGGGUGCCGCGGCGGGGCCCGGCACGGCCCCGGGGAUGCCCCGCGGCUCGGGAGCGGCGCGGCC